AUGAGGCAGCCACAACUGGCAUUCAGCCUCCAGAGCAAGGCACUGGCACACAGGCAACUAUGGCAAAUGGGGUGCAAGUCCUGCCGUCCCCGAUGAAAGCGCGGCACCCGCCAGCAGUGAAAGCGGGAGGAAUGCGAAUUUCCAAAAAGCAAGAAAUGGGCGUUUUGGAAAAACACACCAAAAAAACAGGAUUGGAGAAAACAAGCGCCAUCACAAAUGUUGCCAAGAUACAGAUGUUGGACGCUCUGAACGACACACUGGACAAGCUCAACCAUAAAUUUCCAGCAACAGUUCACACGGCACAUCAAAAACCCACUCCUGCUCUAGAGAAGGCCGCUCCCCUGAAGAGGCCUCACAUUAUCCAGCAGCCUCGAAAGUCUUAGACCGGGAUAUAAAACACAGCCAUCUGGUCAACCUCCCGACGAUCCGACAGUCAGCAGAAACAGCCAACACUUCCUGUAGGCCUGCUGCUGCUGCCCUUGUUUGGUAAAUAAAACAACUUUUGUAUCUUCCAUUUUUACGUUAGAUAAUAAAGUUUCCAAUGUUAUAA